AUGGUUGUUCCAACACGUUAUCGACCAGUUUAUGACUGGUUAUUGACAGUCCAAACGAUCCGCGGAUUCCUGACCGGACUGGGAGUUCGAGACACAGUAAUUAUACAAUCUCUUAUCUCUUAUCUAUUAAGCUUUGGUGCUGAUCGAGGCUAUAAAAAACGUCGUCGUGGUGGGUCCGAAAGUAAUGAUUUAGAAGAUAGAUUGGAAAGUCUUGUUCUUAAAGUUGGAGAAAACCACAUAGAAAGUAAUUUAGAGUUUGCUAGUGUACUCGAUGUGAUAUACAACUUAAAAAAAGUACUCAAAUUAUUAGUAGAAUGUGCAGUUAAUAUGCCGGAAAAGUGUACAAUUUAUUCAACAUUAGUUGGCUUAUUAAAUGCUAAAAAUUACAAUUUUGGUGGUGAAUUUGUAGAAAAUAUUGUACGUUCUUUCAAAGAUAGUUUAAAAAAUAAUUCUUGGAAUGAAGCUAGAGUAGUUCUACGUUUCAUUGGUGAUUUGGUAAAUUGUCAUGUUGUGUCGGCUAGUUCAUUUGUACAAUUAAUGGGUAGUUUAUUAGAUGUUACUAAAGAAGAUGGAGUUCCUAAUGUACGCAAAGACUGGUACUGUUAUGCUGUUAUGUCAUGUUUACCUUGGGUUGGUAGAGAACUAUAUGAGAAAAGAGAAUCCCCUCUUGAAAUGUUGUUGACAACAAUUGAGGUAUAUUUGAAUAAACGUCCAAAAAAGCAUGUUAAUAUGCUGCGGAUUUGGUCCACAGAUGUACCUCAUCCCCAGGAAGAGUACUUGGAAUGCUUGUGGAAUCAGGUUAAAAAACUGAAACACGACAGUUGGACCGAGACCAUUAUACCAAGACCCUACUUGACGUUUGACAAUGUUUUGUGUGAAGCUCUUCAGCAUAAUUUGCCACCAAUCGUGCCACCUCCUCAUCAUAAUGCUUGUGUAUAUCCAAUGCCAUGGGUUGUAUACCGAAUGUUUGAUUAUACAGAUGUCACAGACGGUCACAUUAUGCCUGGAGCUCAUUCCAUUGAACGAUUUUUAGUUGAGGAACAUCUACAACAGAUAAUUGAUAUGUCAUGCAAAAAUAGAAAAGAAUGUGCAACUAAUUUAAUGAAUUUCGUACACAAAAACAAAGUACCUCUAGAGUAUUGUAUUGUUGAAGUGAUAUUCAGUUUGAUGUUUCACCAGCCCAAACCAAAGUAUUUAGAAGUUAUGUUUGGAUCUGUCUUUAUUGAAUUAUCUAAAUUAUCGACUAACACAAUGCCACUUGUGUUGGCUCAGACAACAGAAAUAUUAUACUCUCGUAUAGAAUCUAUGCAUGUCUGUGCUUUUGAUAGGUUUGUAUCAUGGUUUGCAUACCAUUUAAGUAAUUUCAAAUUCAGUUGGUCCUGGCAAGAGUGGGCAGAUUGCUUAGCCUUGGAUCCAGAACAUCCAAAACCAAAGUUUGUGCGUGAAGUUCUUCAGAAAGCCAUGAGAUUAUCAUUUUAUGAGCGUAUGCGUGAUAUUGUGCCUCCAGAUUUUGAACCUUUAUUACCCGAGAAACCGGAACCAAAGUUUAAAUACGCAAUUGAAAAGUCGUCAUUACCUGGUCAAUUUUUAUCAAACACAUUACUUACUAAAAUACGUAACAAGACAACUCCUGAAGAUAUAAUUGAAAUAUUAAAAGAACCAUUGAUGUCGGAAAAUGGAGAAAUUUUGGAGCCAGCAGACAUUGGCAUCUCAAAUCCAACAAAAGUUGAUGCUUUUGUACAAACAUUGUUGUUUAUAGCUAGCAAGUCAUUUUCACAUGCUUUUGCAGCAAUCACAAAGUUCAUUAGUAUAUUUAAGGCCUUAGGAGAAACUGAUGAUGGCCAAUUGCAAAUAUUAAGAAGCACUUUUGAUUUAUGGAGCGCAGAUCAGCAAAUGUUAACUGUACUCAUAGACAAAAUGUUGAAAACGCAGAUUAUUGAAUGCUCAUCAGUGGCAAAUUGGAUAUUCUCAAAAGACAUGAUUCCAGAGUUUACCAAGCUGUAUAUUUGGGAGAUAUUGUCAUUGACCAUCAAUAAGAUGUCCAGACAUGUAGAUCGGUUGACCAGAGAGUUGAAUGAAGCUAGAGAAAAGUUGCGUACAACAGCAGCGAUAUCAAAUAGUUCAGACGACAGUGAUACAGAAACAGAAAAGGCUGAGGCAAAACCUCGACAAUCGACAACUACAACAUUUGGUGGUCAAGGUGUUCCAAUGGACGUAGAUGACAAUGUUACCGAAGAGAUGGUUGAACGUAUGGAGGAGAAAUUAGAAAUGGCACAAGCUGAUCAGAAAAAUUUGUUUUUGAUUGUUUUUCAAGUAUGCCUUUUAUUUUGUUUUCAGCAUCACGAACAAGUGCAGAAAUACAGCAGUACGCUAGAAGGAUUACUUUUCACUCAAGAUCUUGACAUUCAUAUCCUUGAAGUGUUCCAUCAAUUUUUAGCUCUUCGUUCUUAAGUAUUAGUGUUCUUAUCUUAUCUUAAAACAUAACAUUGUGUUUUAGGUUACCCAAAUAUUAUGUAUUCAUUUAAUUACUUGAUAAUCAACAUCAGUGUUGAAUAUUUUUAUAUAGUAUGACAAUUUACAAUAGUUAGGAAACGAAAAAAAAAUUUUUUAUUACUUUAUAAAAUUUACAACAUUACACUGUGUAAUCAUUUUUGUAUAAUAAAUUUCUUACAAAAAAUGUAAGUAAUCUUUAUGAUUGAUAUAUUUCUAACAAUUCGUUGACAUCUUCUUUGGAGCCUAAAAAUAUUGGGCUUCUCUGAUGCAAGGCUGUGGGUUGUAUGUCCAAUAUUGGUAUCUUAC